AUGGGCAGUUUUCGCGGAGGGCAGUCCUCGGCGCGGCCGCAGCCGCCGCGCGCCAGGCGCUUCCCCAGUCUUCUGCCCGCGGUCGCCCUCGUGGCGGCGUGCGGGCACCUCGUGGCGCGCCUCGCCUUCCUGGCCCCGCCCCCCGCGCCGCGCCCGCGGGCCGCGGCGGGACCCCACGCGGGCGCCACCGCGGGGGCGCCCGGCCCAGGGCUGCUCGCGAGCCCGCCGGGGUACGCCCCCGCCGCGCACGCCCGCGUGCGCGGCACAGCGGCGGGCGCCCCGCCGGCCCGGAGCGGCGGGCUCGCGGCGGGGGGCGGUGUGUCUCUGCCGCGGGCGCUGUUGUUGCACCCGGACGCGGGCAUGCCCGGCUUCGCGCAGGUGGAACACAUGGGAAGCGCGGCGGGCGGCGGCGGGAGCCCGGGCUGGGCCGCGGCCGCGGCGCAGCUGGUUUUCCGCGCGAGGUGGGACCUGCUGGAGACCAGCAGCAACGCCUCCAGCGGGGCGGUGGUGGAGCUGAGCACGCUGAGCGCGUCGGAACUCUGCGCGCAGGCCGCCGCGCUGCCGGAGUACGACCUGGUGCUGGGCGUGGACCUGGUCGAGCCUCCGCCGGGAGACUGCGCGGCCGCGGUCCAGGCGGCCAUCGAGGGCAGCGCGGCCCGCCUGUUCAUCUCCAGCUCCCCGGGCGGGGCCGUGGGCGCCUUCUGGAGGGGUCUCACGCUGCUGCAGGGCGCCACCGCGGAGGACCUGGAGGACCCCGGGCCCCUCGGCCUCAGGGCGGCCGUCGGCGGUUGGGGCGCCGCCGCCAAGCUGGCGGCGGAGGUCUCGGACCUCUGGCACAGGCGGACGGCCGAGGAGGCGGUCUACGCGAUGCUGGUGCUCAUCGACGGCGCGGUGCGCCCGCUGGACGCGAUGCAGGCGCAGAAGCCCGUGCCGGACGUGGACUCCGUAGCUCGCGCCAUCGAUCGGUGCCAGGACGAGUUCCGCGCGUGCUUCACGGAGCCGAAGUGCCUGCAGAACCUGGCCUGCCUCUCGGCCUGCGGCCUCGCGGACCAGUCGUGCUCCUACCGGUGCAUCGUCUCUUACCAGAACGAGGCGUUUACGCAGUUCACGCUGUGCGCGCUGCAGGGGCGCAACAUGCUCAACUCGCGGAUCGAGCGCCCAGCACUGCCGCUGGCGCCGCCGAUGAGGGAAUUCCGCGGAACGCCGCUGACCCACGAGCUCGCCGAAAACAUCCUGGUGGGCCACUUUGACCCUGCCACAGGGGGCCAGAAUCACAGCUGGCUGGUGUACGCUGGUUCUAACCCAGCCUACGAGCAGUUCGCGUGGCAGUACCAGCUCUGGUACAAGGGCGAGAAGAGAAACCAGUUCUGGUACCGCCCGACGUUCCUGGUUGAGGCCUUGGACGGCCGCAAGAUCUGGCGCACCCGUGACUACCGGGUGCGGCGAGCGGAGGAGCCCGGCAUGUGGGAGUUCUCGGUGCUCGACAACGGCAUCGUCUCCGAGGAGAAGUGGCGCCUGCUCGGCGCGGACGACGGCCUCGGCUGGCUGGUGCUCUUCUACGUGGGCGCGGCGCGGAAGGCCGGCCUGUCCUACCGCGGCUGCGUGGUGCUCACGCCGGACGGGCGGCCGCCAGAGGGCCCAGGGGCCAUGGAGGGCGUAGCCGCCGCGGUGGAGCGCGCGGGCCUGCGGCCGUGGGAGCUGGAGGAGACCACCAACCCGCCGCUCGACCCGAGCAACCCGCCCCCGCUCCUCGCGCCGGAGACGCAGCCGGCGGCCCCGCUGCUGAGGGAGCGGGCGCUCGCGGCAGCAUAG